AUGUCCACACCGUCCGAAGCCAAAGAAAAUGGAAACAAAGCCUUCAAAGCAGGUCAAUACGACAUCGCAGUCGGGCACUAUACGCGCGCUGUUGUCCUCUCCCAGUCUUCCGACGUCCCUGUCGACCCCGUCUUCUACCUCAAUCGCGCUGCUGCGUAUCUCAAACUCGAAAAGUACGAGGAUGCGGCAAGGGACUGUACGCUCGCUCUCGGGCUGAAGAGGGAGGUCAAGGCGCUCUUCCGAAGAGCGCAAGCCAGGUUGGGUGCUGGAGACGAGCGCGGGGCUAGGGAAGAUUUGGAUGAGGCCCUCCUACUUGAGCCCAUGAAUCAAGCUGUCAAGCUCCUACUUUCUUCUCUUACUCAACCAACAAAAGAAAAGACAUCUGCAACGCCAUCUAAUGCUGGGGAACACGCUGCUCCUAGCACGUCGAGCCCCAGGAGACGACGUAUACCUAUAACGCUAGUCGACACCCCGUCAAGCGCGGCUAAACCGCUCAAGUCCGCGCUCAAGUCUUCAUCUGCUCCUGUUGCCACUCCCGCGGCUUCCACAGAUCUGUUGACCGCGGUAUCUACUACCCGGCUCACGCAUACCCCUGUGCGAUCUUCGGCCUUAGUGGGGGAGACGAGCAGCGCUACUAGCGCUCCAGCACCAAGCUUUGCCGCUGCAAAGGCCACGCGAGAACGGCGUGUCGGAGGAGGGAUGUUCAAAGCGGACGGUACAGGACGUAUCAUAGGUUCUCCCGGCCCUGGGCAGCCGCAACUGAGCACGUCAAGCCCGAAAAGUGUCAAAGAAGUCGUUGAACGCCCGCCUGUGCUAGCGGAGGAGAAGGUGGUGCUGCCGUCUGUGCCUAAGCGCGCGAGCGAGUUUGUGCUGAAUUUACGAGAGCUGGGCGAGCACGCCAGGUGGGCUUACCUCCAGCUGAUCCCACCCGCAAACCUGCCAGUAUUCUUCGGCUCUGCACUCGAACCAGAUACCCUCAGCAGCCUGAUCCAUGUCCUCUCUUCUGUUACUCCUCCCCGUCCGCUGGUGGCAGAGUACCUACGUGCAAUACCGCGAUGUGCGAGGUUCGGGACGAUGAGGCUGUUUCUCGGUGCAGGGGAGGAGGAGAUGGUGCGGGGGAUGGUGGGGGAGUUGGGGGAUGAAGGGCUGAGGAAGGAGUGGGGUUUCUAGCGGCUUGCAUUCACUUUCGCAAUCGUAUAAUCGUACACCUUGCACCCAUCCAAGGGAUUUUUGUCACUCCAGCUUAGGCAUAAGGUAACAGCCUCCUCAGCUGUUUCCUCUGCCCUGGAGUAGCGUACGUCCCCAACCCAAGGUUAUGCAGUCGUAUACGGGAAAGAUGGCUGUUCCCGUGCGUCUUGCCCGGGCGCCAGUGCUUGUAGUUCCCAUUCGGGAGUGCUUUCCAGCGUUUCUUGGCCCCUUGAUGCGUCUUGAGCUUGUAGGCCUUUUCUAGAGCGGGAGAUGAGGUGAAUGGACGGGUUCCUGUACUCAACGUGAAGGGGGUGAAGAGGGAUAUUGACCUCCCUAGAGCAGAUAGCCAGGACAUGUUGGAC